AUGAGUGAAUCAGUUGAACUUCAAUCAGUAGAUCUCCAGUCCGUGGACAAAGAUAUUCAAUCUGUUGAAUCUAAUGUGUCAUUAGAUUCCACUCAAGCAGUAUCGGAGGUUACUACUGAUAAUCUAAAUUCGGUUAAACCCCCAGAAUCCAUCAAUGAAGAAGAUCUCAAUCCAGAUUUGAAUUCAUUCAUGAUUAGUUGUAGACAAGGAAACUUAAUAACAAUCAAAGAAUUACUUGAAUCAAAGAAAAUAAAUAUCAACGACACUUUCAGUGAUGGUAUUACAGGUUUACAUUGGGCAAGUAUCAACAAUCAAAGAGAAGUGGUCAAAUACUUAAUUGAAAAUGGUAUUGAGGUCGAUAAAAAAGGUGGAGAUUUGGAUUCAACUGCACUUCAUUGGUCAUGUAGAAACGGUCUUCUUGACAUUGUUCAUUUAUUAUUAGAGAAAGGUGCUAACCCCACACUUUUCGAUAAUCAGCAUUAUAAUGCUCUUCAGUUGUCAGUUCUCAGUUCAAAUAUAUUAUUGAUUGUUUUCCUAUUGUAUAAAUAUUGUCCUGGAAACGAAACUGGUUAUGAAUUUUAUGUCGAUGAAGAAGAUAAUUGGAAGAGAACAUCUUUACACUGGGCUUGUUAUCAAGGAGAUGUUUUGUCGGUUAAAUUGUUAAUCAAAUUCGGAGCAAAUGUUAAUAAAUCCGACGAGUCGAGCUUUUUACCCAUUCAUUGGGCUUUCACUAGAGCUUAUAAACCAAUUCUCAAGUAUCUUAUAAAUGAAAACACUGAUUUGUUCCAUAAAAACAAUAUGGGAAAAGAUACUUUCGGAGUUAGUAAAGAUAUGGAUUGUUACAAAUUAUGGAUUCAAAGUUUAAAUGAAUGUGGAAGAUUUGAAGCGAAUAACUGGGAGCCUUUGAAUAAGUCAGAGGACUCCAAAAGAAAAUAUGAAAUUGCUAGUUUUCAAAUGCCCUGGUUGAUGGUGUUCACUUUCUUGAAAUUCAAUACCUGGAAUACUGGUUUUGCCAUUCCUAAAUUUUUAUUCUCCAUUGGUGUCAUCUUCGUUUUAGCUUAUGGUUUGAGGGAACUCAUUGUUAGUGAAUAUGUACCUGAUAAAGCAGUGAUGAAAUCGAAUGUUGCUUCAGGUAUCUUUUCAGGUACCUUGUUUUUGGUUACAACUUAUUAUUUCUUGAAUGUGUUUCCGAUGAUGAUAUUCACCAGAUAUUUCCUUUUGAAUUUAAUACUUAUACUGUUGAUGGGUGUAAUCGUCUAUACGUUUUACAAAUCCAUGACUUUAAACCCUGGAUUUGUGCCAGUUCCAACUGAUAAUCAUAAAAUCUAUAAACAAAUUGAAGAAUUAAUAAGUGAAAACAAAUUCGAUGAUGAGAGUUUCUGUGUAGAGUCAUUCGUUAGGAAACCAAUUAGAUCUCGUUAUAGUAGACAAGAGAAUAAACUCAUAGCAAGAUUUGAUCACUAUUGUCCAUGGGUUUACAAUAAUAUUGGAGUAAGAAAUCAUAAGAUCUUUAUGAUGUUCGUUUAUUCGUUAAAUUUGGCUAUUGUGAUUUAUUCCAUUUUAUGUUUGAAGUAUUUCGAUAAACUAGAAGAUUUGGAUGGUUACGAAUCUGACUACGAAUGUAUUUUAUCAGAUGAAUUAUGCUCUGGUUUUACUAAUGCCAACUUUGGCUUCAAUUUGAUCAUUUGGUGUUGGUUCCAAUUGACCUGGGUGACCUUAUUAUCAUUAACUCAGACUGUUCAAAUCUGUAAAGGUUUGACUACCUUUGAGUUCUCCAAUUUGAUGAGAUCAACUAGACAACAAGCUGUUACCAAUCCACUAACUUCCAAUUUCUGUUUCAAAGUCUUGGGUAUUGAUCAGUUUUUCAUGACAGUCAAAUUAUCCAUUUAUGAAUUCUUGAAAAUCCAAAACAAUCAAGAUAACUACGACUCUUUGGUGAUUCCUAGUGAUUAUGGAUUUAUCCAAAACUUGAAAGAUUUUUGGUUCUUGGGUGAUAUCGAAUUGAGAAACAUCUUUUACUUACCCAUAAACGGAGAGAACAAUUUGAAUGGCGAAAUUGUAGAUUAUUAUACAUUAUAUGAAUUCCCUACAAGGGUUGAAACUGUAUAG